ACACCCUUAUGAUGGCGGCAGGAUUUUUCCUCAUUUCAGAAAUUCCCACAUCUUUGUGUCUCCCUACUUUACAAGUGCCGCUUCUGCGCAUGCGGACAGAAAAUCUCAGUGGACUUUUCCUUUAACAUGGAAAUGAAGACAUGUUUAAUUAUCUGAUGUUUAAAGUCGCGGGAAAGAAAGCCGACCAUCUGCCGUGGCCCAUUUUAUCAGGGAGGUAACAACAGGAGGCAAAUAGGAAGCAACAAAGGACCGUUAGAAAGAAGCCACUCGAGCCAUGUUGUGCUGUCGACAUAUAUACAUCACAUCUUCAUAACCUCAUGACAGUAACGUUCUAUCUUUCAACAACUUUGCCCGCUGUACACUUUCAAGCAUGUUGCUAUGCAGAAAAACAAAGUUGUGGCUGUGUGCCAUUUUAUAGGCUAUUCAUAAAGUCUACAGCACUAUUCGCCAGCUGUCUCGGGCACCCGUCUCUUGUUUAACUCUUUUAUUGUCUUUCUCUUCUCCCGCUGGCUCUAUUCACGUUCAGACACGCCCACUGCUAAAGAAGCGUGCGCUGCCUUCAAAAGAUCACACGCGCUUACAAAGCAUCCUAGCAAACAUUGAGGAAAGGGGACAAAUGCGAUGGUUCGGUCCUGUUUUUUAUCUCUUAAUUUGUAUUUACGCCUAAUAACAUUUGUUUCUUUUUACUUCAAUUAACUAUGAAAUAGCCCACUGUAAUUUUUGUCCUGUGGCGUCAACUAUACGAACUGGAAAAAUGUUUUAGGCGUGUGAGGACACCCCCAUAUAGAUGCGUGAUGGUACAGUCCAGCGGCUUUCGCCCAGUUUGAGUACAGGCAAUACGCCGCAGCCCAUCAUCACUGUGGAUUCUGCCGGCUCACGCCUAUAUGCGAUAUUAUGGAGUGAAGAGAGAGAGGUGCACUGGGCUGGAUACUGCAAAGAAAGGUCACAUCUGGAGACUGGACCAGGAUAUUUACUAUUUAAAUAUAUAACUACAGAAUAAUAAAACAGUCAUGGAUUGUAAAGAGGAGAUCAGUGACUCUGAUAGUGGAAUCAUGUUAAACUCAGGUCCCGACAGCCCCACAUCACCGGUGAAAGACAUGAGCGCUCACACACGUGCCAUGAGACUGAAGCAGAAGGCCCUUGAAGACCGGUUGGAGAUGUGUGUCCUGGAGCUAAAGAAACUUUGCAUUAGAGAGGCUGAAUUAACUGGAAAACUGCCCUCCGAUUAUCCUCUCCUGCCCGACGAGAAGCCUCCGCAGGUCCGGAGACGAAUCGGAGCCCGUUUUAAACUGGAUGAGGGUUUUAUUUCUCAAGACGGCGAGGAGUCUGAGCUGCAUGCGCUGGAGUCUGACGUCGCACUGCAACGGCAAAUUUACGAGGCGGCCCGUAAGCUUUCCCUGGAGGAGCACAUCAGCAAGCCAGUGAGGAAAAGCCGACUGCAGCAGUGCAAACGUGAAGAGAAGAAAUUGAAAGAGCUACAGGACGCUGUGCUGAAACACCGCAUUAACCACGGCUGCGUCUCUCCACAGACCUGUUAUUCGUCCAGGCAGAGAGAUCUUGGUAUUUCUGAUGACAGCUCACUGUCUGAUGCUGUUGUUUUGGAUGAUGAUUCAGACUCAACUCUAUUUUCUCCAGUCGGUCUGGGCUCUUCCACAGACAGCGGUUUCCAGCGUCUGAUUCUCUCACCCAAAAACGUCCCUAAGCCAUCGAGCUCCAGCUCCAGUCUGGAUUAUGAUCCCUCACCAAUCCAAAACUCUCCAUGGAAGGAAUCCAGCUUAGACCAGCCUUACCAGAAACCAAAACCAUCAAUCUCUGCCUGCAGCAGUCGCUCAAGCAGCAGUCCAACAUUUUCAACCGACACCAGACUGGCAGAUCUUCCCCCAGCACCACAGUUUGUGUUUAAAAGUUUGCCGAUGCGAAACAAUCAGCCAAACAGCGCCCCCUCCACCCCAGAGCUGCCACUGCGCCGACAGUUCUCACAGUCCUUCAGACUCCCCAGACCUAAACCAGAACUGACCAAGACCAGCUCAGAUCUAUGGCGGGGCCGGACCAAGUUACCACGUCGGCGAGUGACAGACUUUGCCCUGGCCUACUCGGUCCAGCGCUUGUAUCAGUGCAGUUCAGAGGACAGUAGCUCUGAACUUUCCAUCUCUUCAUACAGUAGCUCGUCCAGCAGGGAAACAACCGCAGAUCCACCCAAACCAUGUCCACCUCCAUACGGCUACCAUCGCACUACUGGAAAUAAAGCAUGUGGCCAGCUCAGCACCCGCAGCCCACUUAAAAAUAACAACAACAACAACAACCCACCUCAUCCUAUUCCCAGCUCCAAUCGGGUGAAGAAUAACAACGUGACAGCGCUUGAAGUGGACAUGGGAAGGCUCAGGGUUGGACCAAACUUGUCAAAAUCUGCUACUAUGCUUAUAAGUAAACCUCAACCUCAGCUGGAGGUUAUGUCACCCAAACGAAUCCUCAAACCUCCCCCACCAUACACAAAGGUGGCCCGCACGAUGUCGCUUAGAGAAUACCCUAACCAUCAUCAUAGCUCAGAUCGGGUGCUUCCUCGAGAUGUGGUGUCAGGGGAACUUAAAUCCUGGCACCAGAAAAACAAUUUAGCUGUGCCCAGGGCUUGCUCACUCGAACGGCAGGGAUCGACCCGAAUGAAGCGCCCAGAGCCACCCCCCUACCACCGGAUUCCCCCUCACAAACAGGUUUCUCAGAAAGUGAUUCUGCAAAGGGCUGCAGAUGGAACCCCAAUGCAGUGGUAUGAGGAAGAAGACUCGGAGAUUGUAAGUCAGGUGUAACUUGUAAAAAAAAGGACAAACUGUCUCACUCAUUUAUUUGUAUU